AUGAAUCAUAAACUUAUAAACAACAAUAAUCUUACUACUAUAACAGAACUAACUGUUGAUCAUAACUACAAUGCUAAUGGAAGUAUCAGUAAGAAAGACAAAGACCUUAUCAUAAAUGCAUUAAAUUUCAACUAAAAUAAGAAUACUAAUCUUGAAUCAGUUUAGGUCAAAGACCUCAAACAAAGUCUUUCAUUGAAUAAUAACAGCAAACACGAGAGAAGCCUAAAUAGAAGCCAAAAUAAUAUGGCUAUGCAUGAUCACAAUAGCUUUCAAUAGAUCAAGUCAUAAAUUACGAUGCCUCAAUUAAAAGAAGAUGUAAUAUAGACAGCAAUAUUUGCUGUGAACAAUCUUGACAUAUAUGCCCAGAAGCCAAAGUCUGCUUAAAGAUAGAGAAUGAGACUAAGUGGGACAUAUGAGGGUGGAAGCAUAGUCAAAUAGAUGAAGUCUAAUAAUGGACUUUAAACUGUGGAGGUGGGUUCACCUACGAGUGGUAGAAAGGUUUAAAUUAACAUCAAUAGUGGUACUGGGGAUGAAUUAGCUUUUUAAAAUGUGCUUGAGGGUAGAAAUAAUCUCAAUUAAAAUUAUAAUGCUAUGUUUCUAGCAAAGUAAACUAGUAGUCCUAAGUACUCAAAACUAGUAAAUAUUAACAGCAAGAGCAUUAACAAUGGGAGAGAUCAAGAAACUUAUUUAACUGAAUCGCUGAGUAAUGAUAUUAAAAGAACCUAUUACGAAUAAGAAGGAGCGGGAUCAAUAGACUCAACUAGCCGCAAAAGUGGUAGUAAACUCAUGAGUUACAACAGAGAUAUUAAUCUAAUCUCAAUUAAUGAUUAAGAUAUUUAACUUGAUUCUAAAAUAUAGCAAUAAAAACUUCAAUAAUACAAGCUAAGUAAAGUAGAUAAGAUGUUUCCAUAAAAAUCAAGGUAUGAGAUAUCAUAAGGCUCCUCAGAUUAAAAUGCUACUAAAUUUAUGGCGAGAUCAUUUGACGGUACUACUUCAGCAUAGAAUUCAAGAAAUAAAACUAAAAGUUCUUUAGCCAACCCAAUGAUGAGAUCGAUAUUAAAUGAUUAUAAUCCGUAGCAAAUAUAUGAGGCUAACACUAUCUAGAUUCCCUCAAAUAUGAAUAUUGAAGCUGCUAACAUACAUUUUUCUAAUGCAUAUAGAGCCAAUCAAACAACUAUGAGGUAGUAUAAGCAAUCAAAAAAUAGUAAAUUCCGUUCAACCAUCAUGAAUCCACCCUCGAUAAUGACCUAGCAUAGAUAAUAAAAAUUUUGUAACCAACCUCCAAAUACCUCAGUAUUGAAUAAGUCAAUCAAAGAAGAUGAUUAUAAUCAGUUAAAGCAACUACAGUAAAGCUAAGAGAAAAAUAAGCGAAAUAAUUAGAGUGUUGAAUAUUAUUCAAAAGAUAGAAGACCCAAAGGCAAGACUAUUGAGCAUGAUUUUAUUACUGGUGAAUCUAAAGAGAGACCAAUCACACUUACAAAUACAUCGACAAGAAUGUUUACCUCAAUAAAAGACCAGGGAAUAAAUCAUCAUCACUAUAACUAAGAAUUCCGAAAGAAUGUUGAAUAAUUUCCUAGUGUAUUUAGAAGAACAAAUGGUGAGUUCACUGCUUAUCAGAACGCAGUCAAAAACCAUCAGAGUAUACUUUGUAAAAAUUUCUCCCCAGCCUAGAAACUGUCAGUUAAAAUAUGA